GGUUGGAGUAGAGAAAGAGAAGCAGGAGGGGGGGCUCCAUCGCUAGGUUGUCUCCAAGCUAUGCUGCUGCCAGUAGCAGGUUGCCAAGCAGUUAUCAUUGCUUCUGUGAUGCAGAGGCUGUUGCUAAUUGUAAAGAGCCUUGUAUCUUUGCAUCUCCCUUGACUUUAUUUAUCAUUUUGCAUUCUUUAAUCCUUGUGUGAGGGGCUUCCUUUUUUUCCCCCUGUAAUAUGCCUUUGAAUGGAUAGAAGACUGUUGUGAUGGAGUGAGUAGUAACUCGUUCUUUUGGCUUUGGGGCAUUUUAACAAGACGCUAGCAUCGCCUAGACCGGUGCGGUGGGCACAAGUGGGGGGCGAUCAUGACCACAGCUAAGGAACAAAAUCCCCCAGCGAAGACAGCGCAUCAGCAGGAGCAGGAGCUGGUGGGGAGUAACCCUCCACAGAGGAACUGGAAAGGAAUUGCCAUUGCCCUGCUGGUUAUCCUCAUCAUCUGUUCCAUGAUUGUCACAUCUGUCAUACUACUAACUCCAGUGGAAGAUAAUAGCCUGUCACUCAAGAAGAAGGUAUCGCUGCAAGAUUUGGUCAGUGGAGAGUUUGCAAUCCAUGAUACUGAGGCUAAAUGGAUAAAUGGCAAAGAAUUGUUAUUUAGAACACAACAGGGUCAUGUGGUGAAGCUGAAUGUAGAGCGGAAUGAGUCAACGUUAUUGAUAGAGAAGAAGAUGUUUGAUACGUUUAGGGUCAGCAAAUAUGAAGUAUCUCCAGAUAUGAAGUAUGUUCUACUUGCGUUUAAUGUCAAACCGAUUUAUCAGCACUCUUUUACUGCGCAGUAUGCCCUGUGUAACCUCAUCACAAGUAAACUUACUGAUUUAAACCCACCUGAAGUAGAGGUAGAGAAAGCAUAUCUCCAGUAUGCUGGAUGGGGCCCCAAAGGACAACAACUGAUUUUCAUAUUCGAAAAUAACAUCUUCUAUAAAAUGAAUGCAGACAGCCGACCCAUCCGCCUGGUCUCUACUGGGAAAGAAGGAGUCAUCUUUAACGGGCUGAGCGACUGGCUUUAUGAAGAGGAAAUAUUUAAAAGUCACAUUGCUCACUGGUGGGCUCCAGAUGGCGCCAGAUUAGUGUAUGCAACAAUCAAUGACACCAAAGUCCCCACCAUGGAGAUUCCAGUGUAUACGGGAUCAGUUUACCCAACCGUCAAAAACUAUCAUUAUCCAAAGGCUGGCUUUGAGAAUCCAGUUGUCACCUUACAUGUUGUGAACUUGAAUGGGCCUCUUCACCACGUGGAAAUGAUUACCCCCGAUGAUCAAAGAAUGAGAGAGUACUAUAUAACCAUGGUAAAAUGGGCAACCAACACCAAGGUGGCAGUGAACUGGUUAAACAGGGCCCAGAACAUCUCCAUCUUGACUCUGUGCGAUGCCAUAACGGGAGUAUGCACAAAGAAACAUGAAGAUGAAAGUGAGGCCUGGUUACACCGGCAGAAUGAACAGCCUAUCUUCUCCAAAGACGGCAGAAAGUUCUUCUUUGUGAGAGCCAUUCCACAGCUGGGUCGCGGCAAGUUCCAUCAUAUCGCUGUUUCUUCAUCUCAGGCUAACAACAGCAAUGACAACUUACAGUCUAUAACAUCGGGAGACUGGGAUGUAACGGAGAUCCUGGCAUAUGAUGAAAAAAAUCAAAAAAUCUAUUUCCUCAGUACAGAAGAUGGCCCAACAAGGAGACACUUAUACAGCACGAACACCAAUGGGAGCUUCAACAGGCAAUGCAUCUCGUGCCUACUGAUUGAAAACUGUACUUAUGUCAGUGCUUCCUUCAGUCACACUCUGGAGUACUUCUUACUGAAAUGUGAAGGUCCGAGGAUUCCUACAGUAACUAUACAUAACACAACUGACAACCAAAGUCUAAUUGAGCUAGAAAACAACUCCAAAGUGAAAGCUGUGAUAGAAGACAGACAAAUGCCUUACUCAGAGUUUGUACACAUUCAACUGGAUGACUACAAAUUGCCGAUGCAGAUUAUCAAGCCAGCAACCUUCAUAAACACGGCACAUUAUCCUCUACUGCUUGUUGUUGACGGCAGCCCAGGAAGUCAGAGCGUGUCAGAGAAGUUUGAAAUCGAUUGGACAACUGUGCUGGUCAGUUCCUACAGUGCAAUAGUCGUAAAAUUCGAUGGACGUGGAAGUGGAUUUCAAGGAACAAAGCUUUUACAUGAAGUGAGGAAAGGGCUGGGAAGUUUCCAAGAGAGAGAUCAGCUGAUUGCACUGAGUACAUUAUUAAAAGAACAAUACAUAGACAAGACGCGAGUUGGCGUAUUUGGAAAGGGAUAUGGAGGAUACUUGAGCUCACGUCUUAUCACAUUAACAGCAGAUGACCUUUUUACGUGUGGUGCUUCACUCUCUCCAAUUACAGAUUUUAAACUAUAUGCCUCUGCCUUUUCUGAGCGAUACCUGGGGUUACAUACAAUUGAUAAUGGUGCAUAUGAGUUGGCCAAAAUAACCGUUCGUGAGUCCUUAUCGAAUAAAGCUAAAUUUUUGAUUAUCCAUGCCACUGCAGAUGAAAAAAUCCACUUCCAACACACUGCGGAACUUAUAACGAAUUUAGUGAAAGCCAAAGCCAAUUAUUCCUUACUGAUAUACCCAGAUGAGAACCAUUAUAUGAAGACCCCAUUGAUGGAACAGCACCUGCACAAGUCCAUUGUGAAUUUUUUUGAAGAAUGCUUCAGAGUUCAAGACAAGCCUCCCGUAGUAGCCAUAGAGGAAGAGGAGGAGGAUUAACUUUUGUUCGUGCCAAGCACAAACCAUUUCUUACAGAACAAUAUGCAACUGAAUAGUUUUCCUUGGAAAAUUACAAAAUGUUAUGUUUAGCAUGUGUUAAUGGAACAGUGCCCUCAAUGGCUAACCAGACCCCAAAGUUUCCUCUGCAGAAGGACAUAAAGCAUGGUGAACUCGGCCCAACCUGCUGUCUGAAAACACUGCUUUUUGUUACUAAUGGGAAUCUGUGGUACGUCAAAACACAAUGAGGCAGAAAAGAAAAAACACCAACCAUUGAAGAAGUGAGACCUUCAGCGGAACUCCAAAAGGACUUGGACUAGACAACCUGUUAAAGUUCAUGACAUUGGUAGCAUUCAACCCAUUCUUAUUAUCACACUUAAUUACCAUUGCAUUCAAGUCUGAAGAAACUAAUACUAUUAGUUCAAAAGGGAUUAUAGCACAAUUAUUUUAUUAAUACUAAUUUACAGUUUGCUUGCUCACAUCAUGAAAUAAAAAAAAUGGCAACUUUCAGGGCAGCAUAAACAAAGACAAUGUAAUAAUCUUGCUAAAAUCAUGUGCAUCAUUAUGUAAUUAUCUCAUUUUUUUUCUUUCUUGUUUCUACUGGCUUCAUUGUGGUUUCUUUAUAACCCAUACCUUUUCUUUACAAACUGCUUCAGAGUAUGAAAGAUGUGUACCAUUACUUACAAUGUCUUGGACUGUGUAUCUCGUUGACUGUUUUUCAUGAAGACCCGAUUGGUAUUUGUUAGUUUAGUAACUUCCUGUUUGGGGUGGAAGCAAGCCUUUGUCAAUUACAGGCUAUACAUAUUUGGGAGUCUUUUCAAAGAAUUUUUUUUAACUGAUCAUCCGUGUAAUACAUUGGCAUUAAUGCCAAUAUACCCUUUUGUAAAAUCUGAAAGUCUGUCUAAAUCAGAUUUGUUUUGGAUAGACUGGAGAAGAGUAGAACCCCUCGCAGGUUUCCAUUGCUGUCUCUUUCUUUACUUAGGAGAUUCACCCUCUUAAAAUGUCAUAGUAACCAGUGUCACGGUCCUAAAGUGAGAGAAGAUCUGACAUUCUGAGUAAUCCAGUGAACCGUAAUUGAGGGGAAAUCUUGUAAAGAUGAAACCUGUUUCAGUAUCAACUGUCUAAGAGAUGAUUUCGCCACUCACUUUCUGUUGUGGCUCAAGAUAGAAAGUAAUGUAGAAUCUCCCCAGUAGGACACAGACAGCAAAGAAAACUUUGGGGUUUUAACCAUUGGCUUCUCUAUCCAAAACAAAAAAAGUUUUGGCUUAAGAUACAAUAUACUUUAAUAGAUUUUAAACUCUCAAAAACACAUAAUAUAAGAGCAUUUUGACCAAGGUGACAUACAUCAUUUGGUGAUACAGGAAUCGGUGGCUGUUAGCAAGUGUGCUUUCAAUUGAAAUGUAAAUUGCCCAACAAUCAUUUUUCUCUCUUCUUUCAAGUAUAAGAAAUAUAAACAAAAACACAGAUUGGAUUUUUUUGCAGUUGUUUCUCUGAUGCUAGCAAGCCAAUUACUUUAGAUAUUAGUCUGUAAUGUUAUUUGCUACCAGUAAUAAACCAUCAUUCUAGUCAUGUACAUGAAAAAUAUAUUACUCUUCGCUCUCUCUUUCUCAUUUAUGACUAACACAAACCAAGGACAAAAUCUCAAACAGAUAAAAAAAAGUUAUAAAACGUAAAGCAUACUACAAGGUGGUUGAUAUAUUGAUUGGAAGGAAAACAUGGAUGUAUUUUCUAAAGUGCUGCGUGGAACAAGGUAACAAGGGAGUGAAACAAAGGUGAAUUAAAAUCCAAACUAAAAAACG